AUCCCUAAGCAUCAUGAGGUUCAGACCUCUCUGUCUUACCCUGUUCAUCCUGAUCUCUGGCUCCUACGCACAACCACCAUGCACAUUAAUCGCACCCAGUGUGCUGCGUGUCGAGACAGAAGAGACUCUUGUUUUAGAUGCCCAGGGACAAAAUACGGGUUUUCAAGCAGACAUAGAAGUUCAUGAUUUUCCACAGAAGCAAGGCAUAAUCUACAAGACCAAUGUGAACCUGAAUAAAGAUAACGAUUUCCUGGGUUCUGUAAAAAUAAAGAUUCCAUCUCAGAAGUUGUUGAAAGACACAACAAAGAAACAGUUUGUCUAUGUCAUUGUGAAGUCCCCUCAGUGUCCCCUGGAGAGAGUUUUUCUGUUGUCAUUUCACAGUGGAUACAUCUUCAUACAGAGUGACAAGACCAUCUACACCCCAGGAUCUCAAGUUCUUUAUCGAAUUUUCAUUGUUGGAUAUUCACUGACUCCUGAUGGACGUAUAGUUGAAGUAGACUUCAUAAAUCCUGAUAAUAUUGUAGUGGACAAGAAUUCUUUUAAUUCCCCAACUGGCAUAGUGUCAAGAAGUUUCAGCCUUCCAGAUAUUGCUAACGUGGGGAAAUGGCAGAUAGUUGCCAGGUUCCAAGUUGCAUCACAGGAGACCUUUAGUACCGAAUUUGAGGUCAAAGAAUAUGUAUUACCAAGCUUUGAAGUCACACUGGCACUGGCUCAGAACUUUUUCUAUGUGGAUGACGCAGAAUUUUCUGUGGACAUUUCUGCCACAUAUCUACAUGGGAAACCAGUUGAAGGCACAGGGUAUGCAGUCUUUGGAGCAGUUAUUAACGAUGAAAAAAGAAGCUUUCCAGAUUCCCUGACCAAAAUAAAGGUGGAAAAUGGCAAGGCAAAUGUAGUACUCAAACGUCAUAUGAUUACCAGUAUAUUCCGUGACCCAACCAUGCUUAUGGGAUACUCUUUAUAUGUGUCUGUAACCGUCACGACAGAUGCAGGCAGUAAUUUGGUUGAAGCAGAGAAGACUGGAAUUCCAAUUGUUAAUACAGCAUUCAAGUUGCUUUUCACCAGGACUUCCAAAUACUUCAAACCUGGCAUGCCUUACACAUUAAGGAUUUUACUACAAAAUCCAGAUGGAUCCCCAGCAGAAAAGAUUGUUGUCUGCACAUUGCAAGGAAACUGUGGAUCGAGCAGCGAGGAUGGGAAUGUGGAUAUCAGUGUGAACACAGCGGAAAACAGCAAUGAGUUGGAGCUAAAGGUUGAGACACAAGCCCAGAAUGUCUCCCCUAACCGGCAGACAUCAGCUUCAAUCACUGUACAGUCGUACAAACCUCGUGGAGCAUCCAAUAAUUACUUACACAUAAGUGUCUCUUCAAAUCAUGUGAAACCGGGUGACAACGUAAAUUUGAACUUCAAUGUCAAGACAAAGGACAACAGUUUCCAGCACUUUACAUACCUGAUCCUGAACAAAGGCAAAAUUAUUGAGAUAGAGAGGAUGAAACGGAACAAAGAUCAGAACCUUGUAAUCAAAACACUGUCUAUAACCGAGGACUAUAUUCCAUCGGCCCGCAUAGUUGCAUAUUAUGUAACUGGAGAUCGUGAAAUUGUGUCUGACUCCAUUUGGGUGGAUGUGGCUGAUUCCUGUUUAAAGCCGCUUGAAGUCUCCCAUGAUAAACAAAGACAUGACAAAGAGGUUGAACCUGGAACAAAAGUUUACCUUAACGUUAGAGGUGACCCUGGGUCAAACGUUGGUAUGGUGGCUGUGGAUAAAGCUGUUUUUGUUCUGAACAAAAAGAACAGGAUGUCACAAAGCAAGAUUUGGAAUGAGGUGGAACAAAGUGACCUUGGGUGCACCCCUGGAGGGGGCAGUGACAGUGCUGGGGUUUUUACAGAUGCGGGACUUUCAAUACAUACCACCACGGGUUUAACAAAUCCAGCACGUUCAGAACUACGCUGUGCUAACGCUCAAAGACGGCGUCGCUCAGUCCUUAUGAAUAAAGAAAAAGCCAUUAAAGCCAAAGAAUAUACAGAUUCCCGUCUUCGCCGGUGCUGCGAGGAUGGAAUGCAGCAGAAUCCCAUGGGAUAUUCAUGUCAGAGACGGGCUACAUAUGUACUGGAUGUUGGGGACUGUGCAGCUGCAUUUCUUGAGUGCUGUAAAUUUAUCUAUGAACCACAAGCAGUUAGAAGAGGAGGCAUAAGAAGACCAAUGAUAACAAUGUCAAUAUUUCAUCGUACAUCUGUUGUUGGUAGCGAUACCGCCAAGACUGACAGUGACUCUGAUGAGGAUUAUGCGGAUAUGUGGGACUUUGUAUCACGCAGUAGAUUUUCUGAGAGCUGGUUAUGGAAGAUCCAAACACUGCCUUUGAAAAAAGAAAGAGAUGGGUUGUCAACCACCGUGUUUACGGAACAUAUGCCAGAUUCUAUUACCACCUGGGAAUUUUUGGCUAUUGGAUUGUCAUCAUCUUCAGGCAUCUGUGUUGCUCACCCGUAUGAGCUAAUGGGCAAGAAACUCUUCUUUAUUGAUCUCCGGCUUCCGUAUUCUGUGGUGCGCAAUGAGCAGGUGGAGAUCAAAGCCAUCCUCCAUAACUAUGCUCCUCAAAACAUUGAGGUGCGACUAGAUCUCAUUUAUAAUGAGCAGUUCUGCAGCUCAGCAACAAAAGGAAAUAAUUACCGCCAACAGGUGGAAAUAAAUGGAGGUGAUAGUAUUGUGGUUCCUUUCAUCAUUGUACCUCUGGUGACUGGGGAAGUACAAAUAGAAGUGAAGGCAUCAGUCAAAAGUCAUGUGUACACUGAUGGAGUGAUAAAGAAGCUAAGGAUCGUGCCAGAGGGAAUGAAAGUCCGUAAAAAUAUCCAGAGUGUUAUUCUGGACCCAAGACGUUAUGAAACAGUUCCUGGAAUGCAGAUAAUAACUAUUGAGCCCUCUCCAAUGAAAGAUGUAGUUCCCAAUAGUGAGCCUGAGAUCUAUAUCAGUGCCAAGGGUGACUUGUUGGCGGAGACACUGGAAAACUCUAUAGAUGGAUCCAAAUUAAGUCACUUGAUUGUGGUGCCGUCUGGUUGUGGAGAACAGAUCAUGAUGGCAAUGACUCAGAGUGUGAUUGCUACACAUUAUCUGGAUACUACCAACCAGUGGGAGAGAAUAGGACUAAACCGUAGGGAGGAAGCCAUAAAGAAUAUCAAGACAGGUUAUGUUCAGCAGCUGGUAUACAAGAAAACUGAUCAUUCCUAUGCAGCAUUUACUAACAGACCUGCCAGCACCUGGCUUACGGCCUACGUUGUAAAGGUUUAUGCCAUGGCUUCUAGGUUGAUGCACAUUGAUAGGGAAGUUUUAUGUGGGUCUGUAACAUGGCUGCUUAACAAACAGACGCCAGAGGGAAUCUUCAUAGAGGAUGCACCGGUCAUUCAUGGGGAGAUGGUGGGAGGAUCCAGUGGAACUGACCCUGAUGCAUCACUAACUGCAUUUGUCCUGAUUGCACUUGCUGAAGCUGAACAAUUCUGCAAAGAGGAAGUUAAGAAUCUCGGCAGCAAGAUGAAUAAAAGUGCAGAUUUUUUGGCCGUUCGCAUUAAUAGCCUUAGGAAGUCAUAUUCUGUCUGCAUUGUGUCCUAUGCUCUGUCGCUUGUGGGAAAAUUCACAGAUGUCAAGAAGCUUAUGAGCCUUUCACAAAGUGGUUCCCAUUGGUUUGAUACAUCUUCUCAGUACUUUGCAAUAGAGUCCACAGCAUAUGCUUUGCUUGCCCUCCUCAAAACUGGCUCAUACCAUCUGACCGCACCAAUAGCACAGUGGCUGACAGAACAGAGGUUUUAUGGUGGAGGCUAUGGUUCGACUCAGGCUACCAUCAUAGUGUUCCAGGCACUUUCAGAGUUCCAGAUUCAUGUUCCACAAAUGAAUGAUAUUGAGAUGGACGUGAGCCUUAGUCUGCCUGGGAGAAAACAGACUGUUGAUUGGAGGAUCAAUAAAGAUAAUGCCAUGCUCAGUCGUAGCCAGAAGACUUCAAUGCGAGAUUCGAUUAAAGUAACAGCAGUAGGAAAAGGACAAGGCACCUUAACAGUAAUGUCUAUAUAUUAUGCACCAAUGAAAGAUGGAGCUGCCCCCUGCAGGAAGUUUGAAUUUAACGUCACUCUUGAAGAAGCACAAAAUGCUAAGAAGCCAGAAGGUGCCAUAAAAUCCAUGGUCAUAAACAUUUGUAUGAAAUUCCUUGGAACUGCAGACUCCACUAUGACCAUUGUUGACUUGUCUUUGCUCACUGGUUUCACUCCUGACAUGAAUGAUCUAGAUAUGUUGACCAAUCGGGUGGACAAAUAUAUUUCCAAGUACGAGAUGGACACACAGCGUUCAGAACGAGGUUCUCUUAUACUUUACCUUGAUAAGGUAUCCAGCACCGAAAUUGACUGCCUGAAAUUUAAAAUCCACCAGAAUUUUGAAGUUGGAAUCCUUCAGCCAGCAUCGGUCACUAUAUAUGAAUAUUAUUCUUUGGAAAACCGUUGCACAAAGUUUUACCACCCAACCAAAGACCAAGGGGAACUUCUCAGGGUCUGCAAAGGAUCAGAGUGUCACUGUGUGGCAGAACACUGUAAUCUAAGAAAUGCAUUUGAAGGCACUCUGGGAGUACAAGAACGUUUGAAUGCUGCAUGUGAACCUGGUGUGGACUAUGUGUUUUUAACCAGACUAGAGAAGAUUGAAGAAACUGGAUCUUAUGAUUCAUUUACGGUGACAGUCACCAAGGUUGUUAAACAAGGCACUGAUGAAGUGUUGCCUAAAACCCAACGUAUAUUCUUUAUUCACCGGAGCUGCAGAGAAUCCCUCAAACUGGUCCUUGGGAAUAAUUACCUCAUCUGGGGCCAAACCAAAGACGUAUGGGAAAUGAAAAAAGAAAUAUCUUAUGUGAUCAGUGGUGGAACCUGGAUAGAAGAAAUCCCUUCAAAUGAAAAAUGUCAGAGGGAAAGCUCAACCUUGUGUGAUGAAAUCGAUAACUUUGUUGACAAUUUGUCGUCAUUUGGAUGCAACAACUAACAAACUCCCCUAACUAAAGUUACAAUUCUUCUAAAGAUCUACUCAUAGAUCUGACCAGGACUCACAGAGGUGCAUAAGGAAGAAGAAUUAUAAAGCUAUCUACGUAAUAUGGUUAAAGUUACAGUUUAAAGGUUUCUUCUAACAUACAUAACAUAAUUGAAGAUGCAACACAUCACUUUCAGCUAAAAUUGGUAAAUAGUUUUACUUAUUAAACAAUAGGGUAGGUAUUUGUAGACUUUUUUCCGCAUUAAGCACAAAAUGAAUACAGUCAGAAUAAAGAUGCAAAUUUUAAUUUACAUAAUUUUUACUAUCCACAAGUGUUAAUUGAUCUAUUUUCUAUGAGUACAAGAUGUCAGAAUGGUCUAUGAUUAUGUAUCUAAGGAGAUUAUAACCAAUAAAUAUAUGUUUUAUAACA